ACACUAGCAUGCUCGCACUACUAAUUUUGGUCAACGCAAAUAUUGAUCACAAACACACCUUCCAUUUCUCCUUUCUCUGCUCAUGGCAUCUAACAGAUCACAAAGCCUCAUUAAAUUUGCAGAAAACCUUCGUCUCUAUAAUCCAAAUAAUAACUCUUUUGAUGGCUCAUCAAACAAUAUCAAUACCCACAAUAUUCAAAAUCAAAGUCAAAAAAUUAAAGAAAUUGGGACAGACCAAGUAGGUAAUAAUGAAAACAAUAAUAAUAAUAAUAAUUCAACAAGAUCAAUAUCAAACAGGGCUGCAGUAUUGGUAUGUUUAUUUGAAGAUCAACAAGGCCAACUUCGUGUAAUUCUCACUAAAAGAGCUUCCACACUCUCUUUACACUCUGGUGAAGUUGCUUUGCCUGGUGGGAAAGUAGAAGAAGAUGAUGCAGAUGACAUUGAGACAGCAUUGAGGGAGGCUGAGGAGGAGAUUGGAUUAGACCGUUCACUUGUCGAUGUUGUCACUGUUCUUGAAUCCCUUCCUGCCAGGAACAGAAUUACAGUGAUUCCAGUUGUGGGCAUACUUUGGGACCGGAAUGCAUUCAACCCGGUAAUAAAUACUGCAGAAGUGGAAGCAAUAUUUGAUGCACCUCUAGAGAUGUUUCUUAAGGAUGAGAAUAGGCGAGAGAAAGAGAUUAAAUACAUGGGAGAUGAAUAUUUGAUUCACUUCUUUGAUCAUGAAACGGAGAAUGGGAAGUAUAUGAUAUGGGCUCUUACUGCUGGCAUUUUGAUUAAAACUGCAUCAAUCGUGUACCAACGGCCCCCUGAUUUUCAAGUACGAAUGCCUAGGUUUUGGAAUAGAAGUCGCCAAUGAAAGAUGUUAUUGACAAAUCUCGCAAGACUUUUGUUCUUUGAUCUCUGAACAUGAAGGAUACUUCCUUCCAAAUGAAGUAAAUCAAAUUACAACUAUGUGCCUUCAUAUGCAUCCUAUUAUAGCCAUUGCUUUCAGUGUAACAGAUCAUAGUUUAGUAGCAUGAUUGAUAUUGAAAGUAUAUUGCGUUAUUUACAUUGCUCGAACUUCAGAAAUGAUGUUGUACCUAUGUCGGAUCCUCCAAAAAAUGCACUACUUUUGGGGGAUACGACAAGCCCAUCGACAUUUGUGAAGAGUCUGAUCACUAGAGUGUGUUUAUUACUGGUUAACAGUUUUGUUGAAAUUUUGUUGUAUAA